UCGAGAACGAGACGCAACAUGGUGCAGUCCGAGACGUUUCGUCUGUUGGGCUACUUUUUUGCAACUAUCAAAAUAUGUUUGUCAAUGUUGGAGGCGGUCAAGUGCAGCGUUCAAAUAGGUGGAGUCCAUGAUUUCACGGAGCUGAUCAAGCUGAUUCUGGCAGUCGUGUACAUUACUAUCAAUUUGCUUUUAAUUCUGGGCAUUCGAUUUCUCAUUGUGAAACUUAUUCUAAUCAAUAGGAUAUUUACGAUUGUAAUGAACAUAUUAGCGAUAUUGUACACAAUCGGGCAAUAUCUGACCGUGAUGAUAUUUCGACGACAGAUGGAUAAAGGACCCAUAGCUUUGAUGAUAAUCUUGCUAAUACUAGUUGUUAUAAUGGUAUUUGAGGUUUGGAUAAUGGCAGGAGUUUUGCAGUAUGUGAAGAAGCAACAAUUUUCAAGUACAGUUGAUGAGUCUAAAGCUCAAGAGGAUGAAAUCACUAAAAAGACGAAAAACAUGCAACCAAAAUCAGCGCAGUAGGGUAAUAAAACAUAAAGUUGAAGACCCGACCGUUGAGGAACUAAGCACUAAUCGCUCGAUAACAUUUUAUCAAUGCUUUGUUUUCGCUUUCUUGAGAGUGAUCCGAUAGGGAAGCAUCCAUAAAUUAUGUAACGCUUAGAGG